CCAGGUCCGAAAAAAGGCUGAAGUCGUUGCGACGCCGUUUGUUGUGCUAGUACUAGUACUAGUACCGUAGCUCGUCGUCUUUUUCCUGUAUCAAAAUGUUUUCUCCAGGAAACACUCUUACCAUGGGAGUCUUCGUUGCUGUUUUGAGUCAAAUAAUUUCACCAGCUGCAGCCGAUUACGGAAACCCCGAGUACAGCGAUGACGAUGGUUCAUCUAUAGAGAUCGGCGGUUCUUGUGGCGGUUCUACAACUCUAGGCGACGGAUGCAGUAUCAGCGAUGACUGCAGCACAAUCACGUGCAAAAUGGAUUUUGUUGAGAAGCCAAUCACACUCACACUAGAGGUCAAUAAGUGUGAUGAUCCAGUGAGUGUAACCGCCAAAAUGGACGUUCCAGACCUGUAUAUCACCUGGUCUCAUACUUACACCAGUGAUGACAUCGUAGCAGUGCCAGGCUUCACUGCUUCCUUGCCCUCUGUCGUUUCCGCUGGUGUGUACGUACAAGUCGCACUUACUCCUGACGGCGACAAACUACGUCUAACGGUGAAACUCCUGGCUGGAGGAGAGAUUUUGGGAAAAGGCGUCUAUCCUGUGAAGACGACCGUGAUGGAAGGAGACUUGCCAAUUAAUACCAAUGCAUGUGGUUUCUUUGCCUGGUGGUAUGACAUGUCUGAUGUGGGUAAGGGAGCUGUGAUCGGCGGCUCUCUUGUCUUCAUCAUCAUCAUGAUCAUCUGCUGCUGUUGCUGCUGCUGCUGCAGGUCCAAGCCACCGAGCAACCAAGGGCACAUCAUCGUGCAACCCGCUUCUGGCCCUUACGUCAGGGCAACCAGCACUAAGAGUACCGUUCCAAUGCGACCGUUUGUGAACGAGGCUUGAGCCGCUUGUAAAACCCAUCUCGUACCCAGACUUUUGAUUCUUUAGUGCGCAUGCUUGCCAGACGCAACCGCUGUCCUAUUGAAAUAGAGUUUCUGGGUACGAGUUUGUUUCGAUACUAUUACCACAUCAAUGUGUGUACGCAAUGUAAAAGGAAUUGUUUUUUGUUUAAAAAUGUCUCAUUUAAAUUGAUAAUUACUUUUAAAUCUCUUUUGGCAUGAGGUAUGUUACUCACAACUCUAAAACCGUAACUUGAUUUGCUUCUUAAUUCAUCGAAGCUGUUUCAGGGUCAUUUAAGGGUUUAUAACCGAUGACAAAUUUUCUUUAAUCUGUUGAUGUUGAUCCGUUUACAACUAUGAGGAGACUAGUGUAUAAAAUAACUUUAUUAAGAUUUUGAUUCAAGAAAUUCUUAAUUCACUCUCAUAUUGUGGAAAUUUUGACGGCUUAAAGAAGUGUACUAUCUAGCGUUUUAAAUUCGACUGGUUAUGUAGUUCUAAGGUUAGCAUGUUAGCUUUGAAAAUAGACAAGUAAGUCUUGAGGCCAUUUUCUAAAGGAAGUGUUGUUACCAGUAAUGUUUGCGUUGAUGUUUGAUAAUAAAAAGCUGCACAGUGAGAGUUA